AUGGGUAAUACAAAUAUGUUUACUGAUACAAAAUCUAUUGAAGAUACAACACCUCUUGAACAUGACGCAUCAUUUGAAAUGAAAGAAGGUGAUGAUGCUGGUAAACGUAAAUUUGGUGAACAAACCAAAAUGACAAGAUCUUAUUAUGAUGGUAAAUUUCUUCAAUUAAUGCACAAUUGUGCACAGAUAGUCGACAGUGUACCACUUAUUACGACAACAAAUAUUGGUACUUAUGAUGUACUUUAUUCCGUAUUGAAUUAUAUACCAAAUAAAGUCGAAAAAGAUUUCUUUAAAUUACUUUUAUAUGAAAUUGUUGCUGAUUUGAAUAAUAUUAAUAUAAUUGCUGGUGGUAGUGAACGAAAAACAUAUGAUAUUUUACGGCAUGCCUUUUCGUUAAUGAUUGAUCCGGAUAUUAAUGCUCAAAAUCAAACUAAAACAUUUUUUGAUGAUCCAAGUGUAAAUAUUUUGUGUGAUAAAUUAGUUUAA